GGAAGCAGCUGAGAGCUGUUCACGAAUCAGGCAAGGCCAAGCUUUGAAAAGCAACACCAGUUGCUUUUGUGGAGGGGCCUGUCUGUUCAGAGGUGAAAAUGAAGAGAGGACACAACACCGCUGCUUCUCCUCUGGCCACAGAGAGGGCCCCUGCGGUGCCUUGUCAGCCUGUUUCUUUCUCCCAUUUUAAUGGCUAUCAAUCUUACAAUUGGAGAUUAGAAGGACAUACUAGCGUUCUUUCCCAGAACAGGUAUAAAAGCAAGCAACCUGGAUGGCUAGGCAUUUGCAAGAACCGAAACCUGCCUUUCCUGAAGCUUCCUGCUGGACCAGUUCAUCUGAGAGGUGGCAGACGGUGGGACAACCCCUCUUCCAACGUAAGGGCAAGCAGCCGCUUGAAGGGAAAAUAUAGCUAUUUUCACUUUACCAGCCCCGUCCGGCUCACUGUGAAGCCCUCUUUGCGCAACAGCAGGUGUGAUCUACAGCGUGUCCGGCUGGCCGCCCUCAAGCCCUUUGACCCUGCAAUGCAGGACUUACGGGUCAGUGGAAUGACCUAUAGACCACUGCCAAGAACAGAUCCAUCUUUGCCCCAGAUGAGAAGACCAAAGUUGGAAAUCCACGUUUAUAUUCCCAACGGGAAAGAGAGUAUAGCUGCCGAAUCAUCGGAUGAAGGGUUUCUGGAAGAGAUGGACAACCGGUUCAGCACACUCCGAUUGAAGGAGGACUCCAACCUCUGAAUCCAUAGCUACCAGGGACGGGAGGGCUAGGGUGAGGUGAGAAGAGGAACCCGCCGCAAUGUCUCUCUUUAGGAAUCUUGAUCAUGUUUAGCAACUAAGGCGGGUGUGUGUGAGUGAGCGAGAGGGGAAUGUCACUGUCAGAUUGGUCAGUUAUGGAAGAAUUGCCCGUCCUCAACUCAACACAGCAUCCUUCCAGUGCCGGCUGCUGCUGUCCAUCUUAUGUUUCUUUUUAGAUUGUGAGCACUUUUGGGACAAAGCAAGUUUGUUUGUUGAGUAUUCUGUGUGAACUGCUUGAGCACUUAGUUGAAAAGAAGUGUAUAAAUAUAUUUUUUAGUAAUAAUAGUAGUUCGAUUUCCCCUUAAUCCACCAUCCGUCUUCCCCUGUUCUUGCUCUGUAAGCACUUUCCUUAUGGUAGGUAAUGCGCUCCAGACAAAAGCCAAUGUUCAGUUCAUCCCAUAUUACAUUUAUUUAUUAUUUCUGUUCUGUGUCAUUGACCGUAAUAAAGAUUCAUUCAUUCAUAUUUAUUUAUUACAUGUUUAUACCACCCCCAUCUAAAGUCUCUGGAUGGUGCACAGCAAGUAAAAAAACCAAACACCAUUUAAAACAAACUGUUUGAAACAAUAUAAAAACAAAAUAUAAAACAGCUCAGAGCCAUUUUAAACCAAUUAAAAAUACUUAAGAACAAUUUAAAAAACCUUGGAAGGCCAGGCCAAACUAGUAAGUUCUUAGGGCUCUCUUAAAACCCAACAAUGAUCCCAGAGACUAUGGAUAUCUGCUGGGAGUGCAUUCUGUAGGCCAGGAUCAUCUUAGGCAGAGAAGGUUCCGAGUCGCCACCAGUCAUACCGGUGGUAACUGGAGAUGGACCUCUCCAGAUGACCUCAAUGUGUGAUGGGGAUCAUACAGAAGAAGGCACUUGCUAUUUUUCUAUCCCACCUUUUAAUAAAAAAAAUUAAUUUUAAUUUUUUUAAAAAAUUAAAUUCUAAAUUUUAAUUUUUAAAAUUAAAAUUUUAAUUUUAAUAAAAGGUGGGAUAGAAAUCCCCCGCACUGUACCUCUAGUGACUGUUGCUGGGGUCUAUCUAUCUGAAGUUUCUUUUUAGAUUGUGAGCCCUUUGGGGACAGGGAUCCAUCUUACUUAUUUAUUAUUUCUCUGUGUAAACCACCCUGAGCCAUUUUUGGAAGGGCGGUAUAGAAAUUGAAUGAAUGAAUGAAUGACAACAAUAAUAAUGAUAAAAACAUUCAAAGUAGCAAGUGCUGUCCUAGAAGACAGGUUCCCAACCUGUGGCAGCCAGUGCAACAAGAGGCGCCUUAAAAGCUCCUUACUGGCCGUACCGCUGGCACCUGCAAGCCGUGAGGAACUGCGGUGUGCCACCAGCAUCACGAGUGGUGGCUGUCCAGCCUAUUGGCAAUCACUUGGUCUCUUCGCAACCAUGGUGGCCAUUUGCGUGGUCUGCAGUACCCAUGCUGGGUGGGACCACUAGUCCCUUUGGCUGUUGCUGACCAUGCAAAUGGUCACCACCACCCCACACACAGGGGUCAGGUGAGUACAGUCGGUGGGGCAGACACUGUUCCCCACGGCUUGCAGAUGACAGCAGUAUAGAUGGUAAGGAGUUUUAAAGGUACCUCUCCCCCUGCCCCACCCUCACUGGCAGCCAUAG